GAGCGAGGUGCAGAGGGUGCUGACGUACCUGCGCGGCAACCGGAGGUUCGGCAGCCUGAGCCGGGGAUGGCGCGAGCUGGAGGAGGACUCCCCCGUGCGGCUCCUCAACGAGUGGCGGUUCGGCAGGGAGCCCACGGCCGACGCCCUGCUGGCGCCGCUGCUGCAGAUCGUGCGGAGUCCGGAGUUCGCGGGCCCCUCCACCUACGUCGCGCUGGAGGCCUCCCUGGCGGUGGUGCGGGCCCUGUGCGACCAGCCCGAGCCCGGGCCCCUCGCCGGCACGCUGGCGCAGGUCAGCGGCGCCGUGGUGGACUGCGUCUUCGAGGAGACGCACGCCCAGAUGGACGAGGCCACCACCGCGCAGAUGAUCUCUGUGCUGCGGGCGUGCGCCGAGGUGGAUCCCGCCGGCCGGGUGGACACCGCGGCGUUCCCGGUGGAGGGCCGUUUCGGCGCGUUCGCCAAGAUCCUCUCGCUGUGGAGCCACUACAGGCAGUCGCCCACGCUGAGGGGCUGCGCGCAGGAGGCCCUGUUCAGGAUGCUGGAUGUCGUGUGUGACCACCUGGACGACAUGCACGAGUUCCUGAGCCUGCUGUUCGACCGUAUCAGCGGUGAG